AGUUCACAGCGAACAGACACUUCACCUGAAGCACGCGCCGACCGAGCACCGACUCAGGCUGCUAUCAGAUUCGAAUUGCCGGGACAUUUCGGGCAGGAUGUCCUUCCGUGUGUUCCCCCUCCUCUAGAUCCCCAGUGAACGACACCCGCCCGCCUCGUCGUCCCGGGGGAGCCCUUUUUGUUUGGGGUGAACCGGAAUGUGAGUGGAGCCGCCGGCGUGGUCGAACAACAGCUCUGAAAGUGGAGGAAAAUACUCGAAAUACUUUGUCCCAGACGCGCGUGGGUCUGACCGGAGAGGCGGUGAUGAGCAGGGGAUUGACCGGUGCUGAAGCGCCAGACGGAGGCAGCGAAAGCUAGGUUUACCCGGGCAGCGAACGACCACCUCGGCCACAAAAACACAGUUCUCUCCUUUCUCAUUAUUCCCCUCGUUCCUCUCUCUCUACAUUUCUCCCCACGUCAUUUCUCCUUGUUGCCUCUACAUGUGAUUUCUUUUAUCUCAUUCGUCUUGCUCCCUCCUGAUCUACCUCUUCACAUCCUCCCCCUCCCCUCCCCUCCCUCCCUCCUCCCCCUCCCCUCUCUGCUUCUCUGGCAGGCUGCUCAUUGCAGUGAGUCAGUAUCAUGGAGGCAGGCAGCGGGGCUGCCGCAGCGGUGGGGAGUGCAGCACUAGGACUGCUGGGAGCUACAGCUACGUCCAGCCAUGACAUCUUGGACAGGGGCCUGAGGCCUGGACGUCACCUGGACGACGACGACAUUGUGCCUGAACUGGCUCACAUUCAUCCCAGAGAGCGACCAGACUGGGAAGAGACCAUCAGUGCCAUGGCGAGGAGUGCAGAGAUCCCCGAACUGAGGGCGGAGCCUUUGAUGCGCUCAUGCAGCAGCAGCACGGCUAGCAUGAAGGUCAAGAAUGUCAAGAAACUUAAUUUUACCAAGGGCCACUUUCCGAAACUGGCAGAGUGCGCUCACUUUCACUAUGAAAACGUGGACUUUGGCACAAUCCAGUUGACCCUCGGGGAUGAACAGUGCGAAGUGACGCGAAACGGCUACGAGUCCAAGGAGCUGGUGUACUUGGUUCAUAUUUACUGCCAGGGUCGAAGCUGGAUCGUGAAGCGCAGCUAUGAGGAUUUCCGCGUCCUGGACAAACACCUGCACCUCUGCAUCUAUGACCGACGCUUCUCCCAGCUGCCUGAGUUGCCCCGAUUGGAGAGUCUGACGGAUCAGUCAGAGUCAGUUUCCCAGAUGUUGUUGGCUUACCUCUCCCGGCUCUCCGCCAUCGCCGACAACAAGAUCAACUGUGGCCCCGCCCUCACAUGGAUGGAGGUUGACAAUAAGGGGAACCAUCUGUUGGUCCACGAGGAAUCGUCCAUCAAUGUCCCAGCCAUCGCCGCUGCCCACGUCAUCAAGCGCUACAUCGCCCAGGCCUCCGACGAGCUCUCUUUUGAGGUCGGCGACAUUGUGUCAGUGAUUGACAUGCCUCCUAAAGAAGACACCACAUGGUGGAGAGGCAAGCACGGCUUUCAGGUUGGCUUCUUUCCCAGCGAGUGUGUGGAGCUCAUAAAUGAUAAAGUGCCGCAGUCCAUGACCAACUCUGUGCCAAAACCAGCCACCCCCUGCUCUGGCCUGCAGCCUGCUUCUUGGAGUCUCUUCCCCCCCUACUUGGAGAUGGAGAGUGUAAUACAGGACAAUGCAUGGGUGGCCGAUCCGCUAAACCACUACAGCCUAAGUUCAGUGUCUAAGAAGCACGGGAAGCUGAUCACCUUCUUACGCUCCUUCAUGAAGUCCAGACCCACCAAACAGAAGCUGAAGCAGAGGGGCAUCCUCCGGGAGAGGGUGUUCGGCUGCGACCUCGGAGAACACCUUCUCAACUCAGGCCAUGACGUUCCCCAGGUCCUCAAGAGCUGUACGGAGUUCAUCGAGAAGCACGGCGUGGUGGAUGGGAUCUAUCGCCUCUCUGGUAUUGCUUCAAACAUCCAGAAAUUGCGGCAUGAGUUUGACUCGGAGCAGAUCCCCGACCUGACCAAAGAUGUUUACAUCCAGGACAUCCACUGCGUCGGCUCGCUCUGUAAGCUCUACUUCAGAGAGCUUCCCAACCCCCUGCUCACCUACCAGCUCUAUGAGAAAUUUUCUGAGGCCGUAUCAGCAGCAACUGAUGAAGAACGACUCAUCAAAAUCCAUGAUGUCAUCCAGCAGCUUCCUCCGCCGCAUUACAGGACCCUGGAGUUCCUCAUGAGACACCUCUCCCAUCUGGCAACGUUCAGCUACAUCACCAACAUGCACAGCAAGAACCUGGCCAUCGUCUGGGCCCCAAACCUCCUGAGGUCAAAACAGAUCGAAUCAGCGUGCUUCAGCGGCACAGCAGCCUUCAUGGAAGUCCGAAUCCAGUCGGUAGUAGUGGAGUUCAUUCUUAACCACGUGGACGUUCUCUUCAGUGCUAAACUCAGCUCGCUAAUACGAGAAGGAGCAGGUCACAACUCACUGUCUCGGCCAAAGUCCCUGCUGGUUUCAUCGCCCUCCACUAAACUGCUGAGUCUGGAGGAGGCCCAGGCCAGGACUCAGGCUCAGAUCAACUCUCCAGUCACUGAAGACAGCAAGUACAUCGAGGUGGGCGAAGGUCCAGCCGCCCUGCAGGGCAAGUUCCACACAGUCAUCGAGUUUCCCACUGAGAGGAAAAGGCCUCCUAUUAAAUCGAAGAAGUCUCCUGUGGGUAGCUGGCGAUCCUUCUUUAACCUGGGAAAGUCCUCCUCCAUGUCCAAGCGCAAGUUGCAUCGUAACCCCAGUGAACCCAAUGAACUGAAGGCCAUGGCUCUCGCUGGAGGCAGAGGGGACACAGCCACAUUGAGGUCGGCCAAAAGUGAGGAGUCGCUGAGUUCCCUGCACAAUGUUGAAGGAGAGUCCAAGGUGUACCGUCCUCGGCGGCCACGCUCCAGCAGUGACGCCCUGUCAGCCUCCUUUAACGGCGAGCUCCUGGACAGCCGGCAGCACUGCAACUCCUACGACAACUUGGACGCCACAGAGGACAGCGACGGGGAUGAUGGGCCCAUCUGUGUGCCCGCCCUCAUCUCCCCUCCACGCUCAGCAGGUGAAGACGUCGACCUCAGCCCACCAGACAUCGGCAUGGCCUCCCUGGACUUCGACCCCAUGUCUUUCCAGUGCAGCCUCCCCGACACAUCGUACGCCUUCCCCCUCGAUGAUUCGCCUGCCGGGGCAGAAGCCUCCACGUUAAAGAGAAGCCCUAGAAGCGCCUGCAGUAAAACCAACGGCUCUGACCUCCUCUCUGCCUCCUUUAUGGGCCUGAACACUCCUUUGUUGUCCACAGACUUCAGCCUGGCUGCUGGAGAAAAAAUGGAAAACAAGAAGCUGACCACUUCCUAUUCCUACUCCGAUAAACCAACACAAGCUGUGUCACCUAUCAAAUGUGGAAAGACCACUAGUUUGACACAGUUUACCACUGCAGAGCUUUUCUCUGCUGAGACUUCUGACAAAAACACAGCUGGACAGGCUGUUCCUGCGCAGCCAUUAUCCCCUCCUUCACUGCCCAAGGACUCUCCUCCACUGAUGGGUAGCAUACUGCUGAGGGCAGCCGAGCCGUCGCUGAGUGAGGCUUUCCAAAUGGAGCUGCACUCGAAGCUGGCAGCCUUCGACAGCCAGGACAGUCGAGAGCUGAAAGCGGAGGACAGCGUUCAGUGGGCGACAGUGAGCAGCAGCCAAGAGGGAGUCGUAUCUCCGGACUCAUCAAAGGACCUCACCCCUCAUUCCCUCAGCUCUACAACUCCCACCACUGCUCCUCCUCCUCCCCCUCCCAAAAAUGCUGCCCGCAUGUUGGCCUUGGCCCUUGCUGAGUCUGCCCAGCAGGUCUCCAUCCAGUCCCGGUCCUCUGAACCCCCGACGCCGGUGUCCCCGCUGCACCAACUGGAGACCGCCAUCCUUCAGGACUCGCCGCCUCUCCUGGUGCAGCAACUCCAGACUCCGUCUGAGAGGAGAGCUGAAAGGGAGGGUUCUCCACCACCGACCAGCACAGCUUCAGUCGGUGCCACCGCCUCAACGUACCCCUCCUCCUCCUCCUCCUCUUGUCCCCCCAUCAAACAGCAGCUGCCAGAGUCGACCAGCACGACCUCGAAGACGUCAAACAGUGCCAAGUCCACUACGACUCCACCUGGACCACAGAUGGAAACAGACAUCAGCCCACCACACACUCCCUUUUACAAGUGUGCCCCCAACUCCUGUUCAGCAAUCCACAAGAGUCCUGAAAGGCAGAACUCUGGGACUGGACCAGGCCCUGUCCGUACUAGCUCCACCAGUACCACUCCAGCCACCACCCCCAGUGGCAGCUGUAAGGAGGCUGGAGUGUUACCGCCACAACCUGCUCCUGAGGUCAAACAGGAGGAGUCAGUACCUCCACCAACCCUUCCAAAACCAACAGACCCACGCCCUCCCACAGCUCCACUGCCUAAAAAGCAGACUGUGCCACUGCCCCAGCAGCAUCCACCCCCUCAGCAUCAGCCUCAUGUUCCAGCGCAGCCUGAGCUUCAAAUCCAGCCACCGCAUCAGCCUCUCACACAAUGUCAGACACAAAUCCUCCCGCAAACACAACCGCCGGCCGCCGCUCAACCUCCGCCUCUCUCUAAAGCCAGGGCCAGAGUGGCUCCCACCUCUGCUGAGCCAGUCGAGAAGCCCUGGGAGGCAAUAAAACCAGUCCAGCCUUGCACAGAGCCCAUUAAACAUGGACCCACACCUCCAGCGCCGCCUGUUCGCACCAUGGAGAGUAAACUGGCUGCAGCAGCUCUCAGCCAAAGUGAAGCGUCCUUCCACGUCCUGGGGGAGGGCCAUCUGGAGGACGCCCUCCCCCAUCACCCCCUGUCUCCUCGGAAAUCUUCCACACACCAGCCAGCCUACCUGUAUCACGCUAAAGGAGAACCGGUCUUAAUCGAGCCUCCGUACUACCACCAGAGGUCCGUUCCUCUGCAGGCGAUGCCACAUCACUUCCGACCUGACAGCGUCCCACCACACCUCUCCUAUGUGUCCAAAUCUGAGCCUCAGAUACCAUACAGUGCCCGAUUAGACAACAGAUACAGCACUUUAGGCCCCAGGUCCUACCACCACUCCAUAAAGUCCAGAGGGAACCCAAGGAGUGUGUACGUGACUCCAGGACCAGGUCACCAGGGUUACAGCCAUGACAGAACCCACGGCUACCCCACCAUCCGGAGAGUGCACUCACUCCACGUUCCCUCCACAAUCCGCUCAGUUCCCAUUCAGAGGACUGAGGUUCCCCCCGACGAUGAUUUGUACUUCUACCACCGGCCUGUUUAUCCGUGCAAAGCCUACCAACAGCCGCCACCACCACCGCCGCCGCCACAGCCACAGCAGUCCUCACAGGCAGACUACCACGUCACCCAGCUGCAGCCUUACUUUGAGAAUGGGCGGGUCCAGUAUCGUUACAGUCCAUACUCGGGUUCUGGGCCUUUGGAGGCUCCUUUUUACGACAUAGACCCUUAUGGGACUAUCAGAGUCCGACACUUCCACAACUAUGGAAGCCGAGAUCCGAGCGCUGGUGCCAGCAGACCGGGUGGAAAGGCCACCGGGUACCACUACCUCUCUCGCCAUGUUCUUCCACCUGGUAAGGAGCACAGCUUUGUGAGCAGGGACAUGCCGCCGGGUCACGGGACCAAGGAAGCGGCUGCUUAUCUCGCUUGGGACCCAGAGGAGACGGAGAGGCUCCGCAUGCACUCCAUCCGUAGGGAGAGCCGGGCCCGGCAGAAGGUUAAAGGCCCCGUCCUCUCUCAGUACGACAACGUAGGCUUGUUCACACCAGCAGAUAUUUCAGGCUAUGAAACCCUGCACUUGCGCAGUAAAUCUGACCCAGGCAAAGCUGUGCUGGUUGCAGCUGAGAGUAAAGACGGGCGUUACCUCCCCAGACACAUGGUGUCAGACCCAGACGUGGUCAUGUACAUGGAGACCGACAAGCAUGUUCAGGGAAGCGCAACGAUGGAAAAGUCUGACGGGCUCGCCAAGCAAAGCAGCACCAAGAAAUGCCAAUCCUCUCACUCCCUCCCUGCUACUCUGAGCCACGGCCUGUCCCAUCAGCAGGAGAGUGGCCGGCACGACGCCAAGACAGGUGACGACAAGCUCACCGGAGACGGCGGUAGGUCGAAACACUGGCAGCAGGAAUACCCCAACAAAAGGAACUUACAGCCGCGUUACGAAUGCCCGGACGCCGACCACCACCAGAGUAAAGUGAAAACACAGAGCGGCUACCACAGCUCAGACGACCAACCGUCAGCCCCCAGGGAACAAAUGCCCCGCCCCAAACCUGAGCGAUCGCACAGCGUCCGAGAGCCGCAGCAGCAACAGCAGCAGCACUACAACCAGGGUAAACCCGAACUGGACCGAGACUACCCCUAUCAGAAACACAGCACUAAAACGGUGCAGUCCCACUACGAUAACUUGGACGAUUACCACCCAGUACCUCAGCCUCAGGCCCCUGUCCAAAAACGUGGAGGCGCCGGCUCCGGUUCAUACGGGGCCCCAGGGUUUACAGUGAGCCACAACAACAGGGCGUACUCCACAGCACUGGGCCAGGGAGCCUAUAUUCAGACUGAUCUGGCCCUCCAGAGACCAGAGACAGAGAUACGUACAGAAUGAAGCAUUUAACGCGGUGGAGUGUGAAAUUAUCUUUAGCUGUGUAGAAGAAAGACUGUACUGGUUGAGCAGCCUCUGCAGGACAGUGGACUGUCGUAUCAGCAUUAUUUUUUGCUCCUCUGUAUUUUUAAUGAAUUGUAAAGAAAAUUGUAAGACUUUUUACAGAGAGUCCUGAAUGUACCUGAAAUUAUUGUCCAACAAGUCAUAUAAUUGUGAUUGAUUGAGACAGUAGCCAGUCGUAAAUGUAUAUGGUAUGAAAGACGUACGGUACAUUUAAUAGGUCCACAAAAAUGUAAAAUAUAUAUACUAUAUAUAUAAAUGAAUAGAAUCACUAGUAAAAAGGGAUUUUUGGUUUGUUUCUUUUUCAUUUUUUUUCUUUUUAGAUGUGGAGCUGGGUAUGAGCAUCAACUGGGAUUAAGGUUUGCAUUUUAGAAAUGCAUGCACUCUUUAUCUCUUACAGAACAGUUCUGUGUACUUCACCAUCCAUUGCGUUCUUUCUGGAUGUUAGAGCACAAGUUAAUGAAGGAGGAAUACAUGUUGGUCAUCGCGCCCUUCCUUUGCUAAUGUGUGCACAGUUUAAGGUGGCACAGUGUCCAUGUUUAUCCUUUCAAUACCUUAGAGUGUGCAAAGCAAAAUGCAAUGGGUUUCAUUUCAGUUAAUAUAGUGGUAAUCAAUGUUUAAUUUUCUCUGUGACUGUGCCAUUUUUAUGUAACUUCGCUAUAAACCGAUUUCUGUGACUUCUUAUGGAAUGUUUUGGUACUUGUCUGUUCUUCGUUGGAGGAGGGACCAAAUGCGUUGGCGCAGUCUGAGCUCAUCUUGCACAUAACAGAUGAAGAGGUGAAGAUAGAUGAAUGCCUGUGGUACCUUUAGAAGUGGAAGAGGUUAUUUUUAUUUCCUUUUUUACCCCCCAUCACGCUCAUAGUAAUCAUGUGAACUGGACAGGGUGUAAAGACAUAAACGGCGUCUUCUCAAACAGUGCAGGACAGAACAUGUUGAGCUGCUUUGCUGAUAAAUCAGCCUUAAAUUCUGUUGCUAGAAAUCAGAUUUUGUUUGCUGUCACUGUCAUUUACUGGCCCGUUGUCAUGAUGCACAAACAUUAAGAUCACUUUCGUUUAUUCUUCACAGUUCAGGGUUUACAGGUGACCUACUGGGGUUGGUUGAUUUUUUUAUCACCUCACUGGUUCAGAUUUUAGUACAUGAAGAGAGGAAAAUCCUUUUUUUUUUAAAUCCUUUUUUUUGGGGGCCAUUUAUUUCCAGACAGGAAAACGAUGUAUAGUACAUUCAUCUAGUAUUAUACUACGCGCCCUUUUGGGUCACCAUAUUGGAUGGAUUACAAUAUGUUUCAAUAUGUCUAAAUCCAGGUUGUACUCUGUAACUGUUUGACUUCUAUAUCGCUUGCAGGUUUUGCUCCUCUUGCCUUAUCUAAAGCCUCGACCUUUUCCGACGAGGCAUGGAAAUAAGGCACCGUGUACUUGAAUGUGAAAACACUCUUGUCUCAAACUAGAGGUAUCUAAAGUUAGAUAUGAAAUAAAUAAAGCUGUUCAGGAAUAGCUAUAUAUCCAUGUCUUUUCAUGUGUGCAUGCUGCUAAUAGAAAUCUGAUUUGUGAGGAAGGAGGACGGGGGUAAAGUGGGCUGUUAAUGCUGAUUAUUUAAUUCCAACGGUUCAUCAACAAGUGCAGGAUAAGACAUUUACAGAAACGGAAAGGUCAAGGUGAUGUAUACGUUCAGAAUGAAAUCUUCCAGUACCACAGAUGCAAGUGUGAGGCUGAAUUUGCAGCAUUUUGACUCGGUGAAAGGUGUAUUUUAGGCAGAUGAUUCACCGUCUGAAGAGUCCAUGAGGGAAACACUGAAAUCUUCGUGCAUAACUGGCUGCUGUUCUGCUGCUGACUGACCUCUGACCUCCUGUGAAGAGAAGCUGCUCUGUAGGGAUCAAUAAAUUGUUUAUACCAGUA